AUGGUCCUAACGGUGCUGGUCGACUCCGUCAGUAUCGUUUUGGGCCGCUCCUCCGUGCAGGAUGCAAUCUUCAACAGCUUGGCCCUGGCUUUUCUGGUGGAGCUGGACAAUCAGCUGUGGACCGUAGCACAAAGUGUCUUCCAUUUGAAGUUCAGCUUCCAACAGUUCACCUUCCGUUCCCCGGAGGAACGUCAAGAAGCCGCCCAGAAGGCCAUGAUCCGUGACAAGUGGUCCAGUGUCAAAGCCAAGACCUGCAGAGAAAAUGAAGUCAACCAG